CAAAAAUGGGAUCGCUACGGCCCAGACCAAGAGAUUGAGCUCAUCGGUGACAUGUCCCGGCUGACCUUUGACACGAUCGGUCUGUGUGCCUACGGCUACCGCUUCAACCAGUUCUACUCAGAGAAGCCGCACCACUUCGAGACCGAACUUAAAGAAGCCAUUAUCGAAUCUGGCCGGCGCGCCAACAGACCCGAUGUGCUCAACAGGUGGUGGUACUACAAGGACGAGGAGCACCGGCAGGAGAACAUUGUCAAGAUACGCAGCCUGUGCGAAAGCAUCAUCCAGGAGCGCAUCGAUCACCCGAAGCCCGAUGCGAACGACUUGCUCAACGUCAUGAUCCACGGCAUCGACAAGGAGACUGGCGAGAAGCUGGGUUUCGACAACGUCUGCUAUCAGAUCCCCACAUUGCUUGGUGGAGGGUACGAGACGACUUCCUCGACGCUUAGCUUCCUGUUUUACUUUCUUUGUGACACUCCACAGGCCCUUCGCAAGGCGCAGGCCGAAGUCGAUGAAGUCAUUGGAGAUAAGGUUCUCACGUACGACAUGCUCCCCAACCUCAAGUACCUGGACGCAUGCAUCAAGGAGACCUUGAGAAUGCAGCAUCCAGUCAGUCUCCUGACUAGAUUCUCCACAAAGGAUACUGUGAUCGGCGGCAAGUACUUUAUCAGGAAAGGCCAGAUGGUGUCUGGCAUCUGGAGGCACUUCCACCGCGACAAGAAUGCCUGGGGCGAGGACGCGGACGUGUAUAGGCCCGAAAGGAUGCUGGAUGCCGAGUUUCAGAAAAUGCCGCCCAACGCGUGGAAGCCGGUAAGUGCCGAUCAUAAAACCCUCGCAGGUCUAAGGUGGCGGUAUGGCGACGGCCUCCGUGCCUGCAUCGGUCGGGGCUUCGCCGAGCAAGAGAUGCUCAUCUGCUUGGCCAUGGUGCUGCAGAAAUUUGAUAUAGAGAAGGUCGAUCCCGACUACAAGCUCCAGCUCAAGGGUCAAAUGGGCGUCAAGCCGAUCGACCUUUUUAUCCGCGCUCGCCGCCGACCUGGCGUAAGUGCCAACGUGGGCAUCCCUGGUGGCCAGUAUGGCAGCAAGGGCAGUGGACUCCAGGCUCCAUCGGCCAAGCCAGCUUGUGUCCUCCCUGUCGAUGGACCUCUCAAGCCGAUCUCGGUCCUCUGGGGAGGCAACCAGGGGACCUGUGAGAGCUUAGUCGAAUCACUGGUUCGCAUGGCACCAAGUUACGGGCUCAAGGUUGCAGACAUCAGGGACCUCGACUCUGCCGUAAACGCACUGCCCAAGGACAUGCCAUGUGUCAUCAUCACACCUUCCUACGAGGGCAGAGCUCCGUACAAUGCACUCAAGUUCGUUGCCUGGCUCGACAAGCUGGCCGCCGAGGCCGACCUCGGCGCUUCUGAUGAGAGCCGGCUCGCCGCUGCCGGUGUCGAUUUCACAGUGUUCGGCGCGGGCAACAGCGACUGGGUGCACAGCUUCCACCGUAUCCCCAAGCUCAUCAGCACCCGCCUGCAGGAGCUGGGCGGCCGGCUCGUUUUUGAGCCUGGCUAUGCCAAUGUCAAGCGAGAACUUCUCGGCCCUUGGGAGGAGUGGAGUGAUAGACUCUGUUUGACCCUUUCGUCCUCUGGUGCAACUCCCAAGACGCGGCAGGUUGAGCAGACUGCGGGCGUCGAGGUACUUAUCACAAAGCCGACUUCCACCAGCAUUGGGGCAGCCAGCCAGAACGACAUAGUGUCUCGGGUUCCUGCCAUCUCUCACAUCGGCGGGACGGUUGGAGAUCCAGCCAAGCGGCACAUGGACGUUCUUUUGCCGAAGGGGAGCACAUACAAGACGGGCGACUAUCUCGCGGUGCUUGGUCGCAACUCGGACGAGACCGUCUCUCGCGUCCUUUCGCGCUUUGGGCUCAACGAGGACGAUCUUAUCAGCGUCUCAGCUAGCAGCAAGGCGUUUCUGCCAACCAAUCCUACACCGAUCGGGCAGUUCCUACGUUACAACGUGGAGCUCGCGCUCCCAGUCACACAACGCCAGUUAGUGAUCCUUGCAGCUUCUGCUGCGGCAUCGUCUCAGAAUGAACCUGCAGAGGUGGCCAAGCUUACCGCCUUGCAUUCCUCGGAUGAGGUCUACCAGUCACUCCUCGACCGACGCUUCUCCGUCAUCGAUGUCCUUGACGAGGUUCCUUCCAUUGUAGUGCCAUUUGGAGUGUAUUUGGACAUGCUUCUCCCUCUAAGCACGAGACUAUACUCCAUUGCCAGCAGCCCGCUCGCACCUGGCUCUGCUCCUUCAGAGAGUAGCAAUGGCCGUCUCACAGCCAGCUUGACCGUGGACAUCUUCCAAGCACCCGCAAUGAGUGGUCACGGUGUCUUCCAUGGCGUAGCUAGCGCCCACCUUGCACACUUGACUCCUGGCUCCCAGGUACUCGGCGCUGUCCGCAGAACUAAAUUGGCAUUUCAGCUACCCGAGAAGAAGGGCACACCAAUCAUCAUGCUCGCUGCGGGUUCAGGCAUUGCUCCUAUGCGUGCGCUUUUGCAGGAGCGUGCGGCGCUGGGCCUCGAGAAGAAGCAGAAGCAACACAAUGCGCCAUUGCUUGUCUUUGGCUGCCGCAACGAGAACCACGACUACCUCUACCGCUCUGAGCUUGAGCAGUGGGAGGCUCAGGGCCAUGUCGAGGUCGUACCCUGCUUUUCGCGACCCGGCGAACAAAAUCUAGAUACUAUGAAUGCUAAGAAGCCUGCCGGGGGCGUGUAUGUGCCUGACAAGAUGUGGGAUAUGCGCGAUCGGCUAUGGGAGCUUGUGGAAGAGAAGGGGGCAAAAGUCUAUAUCUGCGGCAGCGCCGCGAGGCUUGGUAGGUCCUGCGCUGAGACGUGGAGGAGGAUCUGCAUGGAGAAGACGGGCAAGAGUCUGGACGAGGCUUUCGAGUGGUUCGAGGAGAUCAGCCAGCGGCAGCAGUACGUCAGUGAUCUGUACUAA